GCGUACAUACUGAACGGACAGCUUAGCUAGUGCGAAAUUGAAAGUGAGUUGGACCGGCCGAAUACGAAGAACGAGUCUGUGCUGCCUUACCUACACACAUAUUUCGUCUGGAUAUUGUGAUGCAAUUCAUAUUUUAGUAGACUCUGUCGAAAAUCUGUGUAUAAUCAACAUGGCCCUCAGAAUCAUUUCCAAUCAGUGGAGGAAUUUCAACAAAUUCGGAAUUGUACAAAGGGCUUUCGCUUCAUCCAGCAAUGAACCCACCUUUAAUUGGGAGGAUCCAUUGAAUUUGGAAUCUCAACUCAAAGAAGAUGAGAUUGCCAUCCGCGAUUCGUUCCGAGUAUACUGCGAGGACAAGCUCAUGUCCCGGGUAAUUUUGGCCAACAGAGAUGAAGUAUUCCACAAAGAGAUCAUGAAGGAGUUAGGAUCAUUCGGUGUUCUGGGUUGUACGAUCAAGGGCUACGGCUGUGCCGGCGUAAAUAAUGUAGCCUAUGGAUUGCUGACGCGUGAGGUUGAACGGGUCGAUUCCGGCUAUCGUUCGGCGUUCAGUGUACAGAGUUCCCUCUGCAUGGGUGCAAUCUACGAUUAUGGAACCGAAGCACAGAAGCAGAAAUAUCUUCCCAGAUUGGCAAAGGGUGAGCUGAUUGGUUGCUUUGGAUUGACCGAACCGAACCACGGUAGCGAUCCUUCCUCGAUGGAAACCCGGGCGGUGCAUGACCCGAAGACUAAAACCUACGUGCUGACUGGUAACAAGACGUGGAUCACGAACUCUCCAGUAGCAGACGUGCUUAUUGUGUGGGGUAAGACCGAGGACGGCAAGGUGCGAGGUUUCAUCAUUGAUCGCGAACAAAGUUCGGAAGGAUUGUCCACACCGAAGAUUCAGGGCAAAUUUUCGUUACGAGCCUCGGAUACGGGUAUGAUCCUAAUGGAUGAAGUUCGCAUUCCGGAGGAUAACAUUCUACCGAAUGCUUCCGGCAUGCGCGGACCGUUCGGUUGUUUAAACAACGCACGAUACGGAAUUGCAUGGGGCGCUCUGGGUGCCGCCGAGUCUUGCUUAAAAGUCGCCAGACAGUACACCCUGGAUCGGCAUCAAUUCAAGAGACCUCUGGCAGCAAACCAGCUGAUGCAGAAGAAGAUGGCCGAUAUGCUAACGGAGAUAAGCUUGGGACUGACGGCAUGUUUACACGUUGGAAGGCUAAAGGAUCAGAAGCUACACACAGCGGAUAUGAUUUCCAUGCUAAAGCGGAACAACGCCGGUAAGGCACUGGAGAUUGCUCGCGUAGCUCGAGAUAUGCUGGGAGGGAACGGAAUUUCAGAUGAGUAUCAUAUAAUCCGACACGUUAUGAACUUGGAAGCUGUGAACACCUAUGAAGGAACCCAUGAUAUUCAUGCCCUCAUUUUGGGACGCGCUAUUACUGGUAUUCAGGCAUUUGCUUAAAACUUUUGAGAAAUCUAAGUGAUAUUCUGCAUUUAAUAACAUGAAUAAUUGAAUAAUUUUCAAAAACGAUGUUAUUUUAAUAAAAAAAAACUAGGCGGAA